UUCUGCCCUCUUUACGCUACGCCAGUGCAGCAAAGGGUCGAAAGCACAGUGUGACCUGGUCGGGGCUCUUUCUAGCGUUUGUUAGUGACCGGUUGUAAAUCACCAGUGUCAGUGUUAGAAUAAAGCCAUUUCAGACAAGUGCAUUGGUUAGGCGGUGAGAAUCAGUCGCGCCAUGAACAGUUCCAUAUUCUCCUCCCCUCUCGAAGCCGCGUCCCCAACCCCCUUCGAAUCGAUAUCUCAAGCGUGUUAAUGCUCCAAGCAUCAUCAUCAUCAUGCGGUGGUCCUUGGUGUUAGCCUUCAGCGUGGCGUUCAGCUCCGGCUUCCUGCUCGACGGCUCCACCAACUCCUACUCCCAGUUCCGCAAGUGGGGCGGCGGCACCAACGGCACCCUCGAGUUCGAGUUCAAGACGGACCAGGCCAACGGCCUGCUGCUCUACACCGACGACGGCGGCACCUACGACUUCUUCGAGAUCAAGCUGGUGGAGGGCGCGCUCCGGCUGCGCUACAACCUGGGGGGCGGCGCGCAGAUCAUCACCGUGGGCCGCGACCUCAACGACGGCCACUGGCACAAGGUGCACGUGCAGCGGCACGAGGACAGGACCAUCCUCACGGUGGACAGCGUCUCGCAGAUGCGCACCUCCAGGGGCAAGGAGUUCAAUUUCGGGAGGUUUGCCACCAAUUCGGACGUUUUUGUCGGGGGGAUGCCCACGUGGUACAACACCAAGUUGACGCUGCUGGCGCUGCCGAGUGUUAUUUUCGAGCCGAGGUUUGUGGGGGCUAUCAGGAAUCUCAUCUAUCCCGAUGUGGAAGGGGGCGCUCCGAGGAGGCAGGAGACCAGGCCGAAGGAUCAUAGGUGUGACGGUGGCAUAAUUGCGGGAACUGAAGGUGUCUGUCUGCCACAGUCUAGGAUCCUCCGUGGCAACAGCAGCGACGCUUGCGAAAUUCGGGACCCUUGCCAACACGGCGGCAUCUGUAUUUCCACUGAUAGCGGUCCCAUCUGCGAGUGUCGCAAUCCCGACUACGAGGGGGAAUAUUGCGAAAAAGAUAAAGCCCCAUCGGAGGCGGUUUUCCGAGGUGGUGAGUUUUUAUCGUACGAUCUCAGUCAAACUGGGGGCGAACCCAUCGUCAGUGCUCAAGACUCCGUUACGUUUUAUUUCAAGACGCGACAACCCAACGGACUGUUGUUUUACACAGGCGACGGAACUGAUUAUCUCAACGUCGCGAUUAAAGAAGGUUGCCUUAGUCUCACCAUGGGCCUAUCGAACGGCAAACAAGAAAUGCAAAUAAAGCCGAAUAAAGUGCGUUUCGACGACAAUCAGUGGCACAAGGUCAGCGUCCAUCGGCGGAUACAAGAAAUCUCGGCCAUCACCAGCUUUUGUCGGCUCUCGGCUGUGGUGGACGGGGUCUACGCCGACCACUCCCACAUCGCUGGUAAGUUCACAAUGUUGUCGUCGAGUCGUGUCUAUGUGGGUGGAAGUAUCAACACUCGUGCGCUUCCCGGGGCCCGAGUUCACACCAACUUCGUCGGUUGUAUGCGAAAAGUAGAAUUUGUGGCGGAUACGUUACGGUUAAACCUUCUGGAGUUGGGUCGUUCCGGUAGCCACCUCAUCUCCGUGGCGGGCCAACUUGAUUACAAAUGUCCGGCAGGGGAGUCCCACGACCCCAUCACCUUCACCACACGGGAUUCGCACUUGAUAUUGCCACCUUGGAACGCUAAAAAAUCGGGCAACAUCUCGUUCAAAUUCCGCACAAACGAGGCGAACGGCUUGAUCCUGUUCAACGGCGGAGUUCGUCCUCCUCGAGUGGACUUAUUCGCGAUUGAAAUCUACAACGGGCACAUUUACGUGCACCUGGACCUGGGUUCGGGCCACUCGAAGCAGCGCGGCUCCAGACGGAGGAUCGACGACGGCUCCUGGCACGAAGUCACCUUCCGGCGGACCGCCCGAGACGCGCGAAUCACCGUCGACGGCUUCCACACCGAUUUCAAGACCAUUGAGGGUUCAACCAGUCUGGAGCUUGAUGGGAACAUGUACGUGGGCGGUUUAGGCCCGCCGUUCUCCGAGAUUCCCAUCCCGGCUGGAUUGUGGACUGCUGUCUUACAACAGGGAUUUGUGGGAUGUUUUAAGGACCUCGUUAUGAACAACGAGGCGGUUGACGUCGCCAGCUACGCCCGAGAGCAAGACUCCGGCUCGAUCCGCACCCUCUGCCACACUCAGCCCCAGCAAUGCCCCUCCCAGCCGUGCCUCAACGGCGGCGUCUGCACCGAGGGUUGGAACCGCUUCGUCUGCGACUGCACCAACACCAUGUUCACGGGCCCCACCUGCGGCAAGGAGGCCGCCACGUUGAGCUUCAACGGCACCCAGCACAUGGAAGUGACCAUGGACUCGGAGAUGACCACCCAAACCGAAGACAUAAUCCUCCGCUUCCGCACCAGCAAGCCCCUCGGCUUGCUCCUCAUCACCAGCACCGUCGAGACCGGCGACCGGAUCGAACUCGCCGUGGCUGCAGGUCGCAUCCGAAUGGCUCUGCGGCUCGGAGUCAAGGAGAAGAAGCAGGAGGACAGGGAAAAGGACAAAAUACUCCUGGCCGGGCAGAACGUCAACGAUAACGAGUGGCACACGGUGAGGUUUUCGAGACGUGGCGCAAACCUGAAGCUGCAGCUGGAUGGGCAAAGCCCGAUCCGGGCCGAGACCCAGGGGAAGUACAACAGUCUCCAGUGGCGCACGGUGCACUUGGGCGGGCUGUACCACCUGGAGGAGGAGAUUAGCAUGACGACGACGGUGCCCAACUUUAUCGGGGAAAUCCAGCAGUUUUAUUUCAAUAAUAUCCCGUAUAUUGAGCUGGCGCGGGCCUUGAGCAGCGAACAGACCAUUUCCGGGUUUCCCAAAAUUAAAGUGGCGGCGAAGUUCGUCAAGCACGCCACUGAUAAUUUACACAGACCGGUCACUUUCCGCUCUAAACACACCUUCAUUGGGCUGCCAAUGCUCAGAGCCUACUCCAGCAUCCACAUCGAUUUUAUGUUCAAGACGCGGGAAGCCAACGGUUUGAUUAUGUUUAACGGCGGGAGGAAAGAAGAUUUUGUUGCAGUUGAGCUAGUCGAUGGUCAUAUCAAUUAUAUAGUCAAUGUGGGUGAUGGUACAGUGACUUUACGGGACACUGUCAGGUCGCAUUUGAACGACAACCGCUGGCAUACCGUUGGUAUAAGGCGGCCGUCGGUCAAACAGCACACUUUGAUGGUGGAUGAUGAUAUCGUGAUAGCGACCAAUCAUGGGACUGGGAAUUUGGAGCUGGAUGGGAUUUUGUACCUUGGUGGGGUUCACAAGGAUUUGUACGCGCAGUUGCCGCAAGAGGACGUUAAGUCGCGGCAUGGGUUUGAGGGUUGCAUCGCUGGGUUGGAUCUGAAUGGGGAGUCCCCGAAUAUUAUGGAGGAUGCAGUGGUGCACAGCUCGCUGGUAACGCCAGGCUGUGAGAGCCAGUCGGCGAAAUGUAGCCAUAAUGUGUGUGCGAAUGGGGGGAUUUGUGUCCAGCAGUGGCACUCGUAUACGUGCGAUUGUGAUAUGACUUCGUUCACGGGACCUACUUGCUCAGAUGAGUCGGUUUCUUAUGAAUUCGGGCCUAACAGAGGCAUAAUCACUUACACAUUCCCUGAGGAUAACAGACCCGAAAUGCAAGAAGAUACAAUCGCGUUGGGUUUUAUCACAACGAAAGCUGAUGCCGUUUUAUUGAGGAUCGUCAGUGGGACGUCUAAUGAUUACAUCGAAAUGGAAAUUGUGGAAGGAAACAUUUUUGUUGUUUAUAACUUAGGCUCAAACGAUCAUCCCUUAGGCGAAAUCUCGUUGAAAGUCAACGACAAUGCAUAUCAUGUAGUGCGAUUUCAUAGACAAGGUUACAAUUCCUCGCUCCAGAUUGACGAUUACAACGUGCAAACGAGUCACCCUUCAGGCCACCAGUUGCAAGUUUUCAACAGCCAAUCCCAAAUCCAGAUUGGUGGCAAAUGGAGCAAAGGCAAAUCACGGAUCGAGCGCCCUUUCACCGGAAUCAUCUCCGGAGUGGUCGUUAACCGCCUGCGAGUCCUAGACUUAGCGGCCGAAAAAGACAUCCAUGCAUCGCUGCGUGGCGACGUCCAGUUGAUUUCGGGGAUUUUGGACCGCCACGACCACUUGCAAAAAAUGCAACAAACUCCGGCGUCCGGAUUUCCGGGGGUGGAGGACGACCUGGUGUUCAGCGGCGCCGGUUCCGGGUGCAACGGCGACGAUGAGGAUGAGUGUCCGCCGUUACCGGAAACGGGGUCCGGGGACGAUGAUUUGAUAACUCCGGUCUACAACCCGUUGACUAAACCGACCCCGACUACGAAAAAGCCGCACAAAGCGGCACAAGAAGGCGGGAAACCGUGCGAUGAUGAGGACUGUUUUACCGGAUCGGGGUCCGGGGAGGUCACCGAGGAGACGGCAAUCACGUCACACACACCAGAUGUGAGUGUGACAACCCCCGACAACACCAGCGUGAAAACCUCCGACGCUUCAACCCCAACAUCCCAAACUCCCGGUUCGUCAAUCCCCACCUCAUCCAGUGAAAAAACCACGGAAUAUUCAUCAACAACGCCCCAAGUCACCACUUUGGCCGAGACCACGCUCCUGGUGACAACCGAAGAGUUCCCUCGAACAUCAACCGAGAAAAUCACCUACAUCUACCGCCCUCCCCCCGACGACAAAAUCUUCAACACGAAGACCAAAUACAAGCCGACUGAACGCAUCACGACCAAAACCUCGGACACUGUGGCCCUCAUAAUCGGCAUAAUCGCCGCCGCGCUGAUCGCCGUCAUCCUCAUAAUCCUGGUGAUCUUGAAGUUCAAGCCGCGGAACGACGGCGCCUUCAAGGUGGAGGACAAGGGCUACCAGCAGGGGCCGCUGCUGGGCCCCAGCACCACCAACGGCCACCAGACGCAGUACCAACUCAACGGUGCUUUGCGGAAUGGUGACAAGAACCAGAUGCAAAAAAAGAAACGCGACAGUAAAGACAUUAAAGAAUGGUAUGUGUAAGUGUUUUUUUUUCGUUCGUUCGAUUGUGACUCCGAGCCAUUUGUGAUGAUGAGUGACUGAAACAACUAACAAAGUGAUAUCUUCAUACUCUCUUCGGUUGUCUUAUACUUACCAGUGUUGAAGCUCUACAAUGAUGGUCAGUGUUAUCAAAUAUGCUCAUUGUUGCAUAAGAUUUUCCUAAGGCUCUAUGCAAUGCACGGACAAAGCAGGCACGGAUUUUUUUAGUUGUUGACAAUAAGAAACAAAAAUAAUAACGAGACCCGAAUCAGUUAACGCAAUACAUUUUUAGUAGGGGAGUGCUAGUACAGUCAAUUAGUCAAUUAAUUAAAGGGGGCGUUUAAUUAAAAAAACAUGACAAGGCAAAAAAUUCAAUCGAUUUUUUUUAAAAGCAAUGUUAUUUUAUUACAAAGUGUUCAGAAACGGUUGUCCAUCAAGUUGACUAUGAAAUUCAAGGUCAAUGUAGUUUAUCUGUCAAAUCUUUUAAUUUGUUUUUUACUCAAUUUAUUGCUUUGUGUUUGUGUUUUAAAUUUUGUGUAUUUUUUGUUUUUGGAUUCGAAGUCUUUCUGCACUAUUUUGGCGGAUCUGUCACUGUUUAAAUUAAGCGGCACAUUACGUUCAAAUGUCAUAGGCGACUUGAUGAACAACCAUUAAUGAACACAUGGUACUUAUCAGGAGGAAUUAGGUCUUGAAUACUUGUAAAGUUAUUUUUAUUCUAAAUAAUAUACAAGGUGAAAAAAGUUACAAAACUUAUACUUUUGUUAUUAGUCAUUUUACAAAAAAAUCUCAAACAGAUCUAUUUAUUUUUUUUAUAUUUUUGUCAUCAUAGUGACAUUUAUGAAGUCAUUCGGUUUUGAGCUGUGAGGUAUGUUAUUAUUAUUUUUUUUUAAUGACAAUUGACAUUUUUUCACUGUUUUAGAGAGCACACAUCUUUAUCGUUUAGGUAAUAAAUAAAAAUAAUUAAAUUAAAAAUUUAAAAAUAAAUUUUAUAAUGGAAAUAAUAUUUUUACUUAAAUAUUACAGAUUUUAUCUUUUUUUUUUGACUUGAUUUAUAACCGGCGAAUGUUUUUUUUGUAUUUUUUUUGUAAAAUUAGCAUGUUAACACUUAAUAUGACACCUAAACACAUAAAAAUAAACCACCAUUCUUUUAAAAUAAAAUAAAAACGAAAAAAUAAAGCUCUUUGUUUAAUAAUACUUUUAAUAACUUUGAUAAGUUUUUAUUUUAUUUUGUAUUUUUUUUUAAUUUUUUUGAUUUAUUUUUUAAUAUAUACGUAACAAAAAUAAAAUGUGGGCUAUUUAAAUCACUAUAAAAAAUGUCAGUUGUCAUUUAAAAAAAUUAAUUACCACAUCAUUACUCAAAAACGUAUGACCUUAGAAAUGUUGUAUGUAAAAAAAUAAAAUCGAUCUGUUCAAGGAUUUUUUUUUAAAUAACUAAUAACAAAGAUAUAAAUUUUCUGUUACUUUUGCUUCAGUCUGUACACUUUAUAUUUUUUGUCAGCUUUUUUUCUGAUUUUUUUUACUAUUCCUUAUAAUGGAAAUUAAUUAUUUAAUUAAUUAAUUACCACCACAUAGCUGCAAAAAUUGUUAUUUUUUGUGUCAUCUGGAAAUAGGUAACAUUUCGAUGUUGCAUUGUGCAAAAAAAUCAGUAAAAAAAAUUCGCUUUAAAAAUAAUUAUUUAUUAUAAAUUAACAAAUAAACGUAAUUUUUUUUCUCUAAAUGUUAUUUACGCAACAUUAUUGUUUUAGAAUAGCACUAGAAACAAUAAACUUUCGAUUAAUUAAUAUUUUAAUAUUUUUUAUUUUCUUGGUUUUAAUAUUCUUAAUUAAUUAAUUUUAAUUAUAAGAAAUGGUUGAAAAAUUCUGAAAAAAAUCACGCGUGUGGAGAAAAAUAUAAAGUAUUUAACAGCAAACGCUGACUUUAGUACGACUAUUAGUUAUUGAGGUAUAGAAAAAGUAGCUGAUUAACUUUGUAUAAUAUUUUUUUUAACAAGUACCUAAAUUGCAAGAACAAAACUGGAAAUUAGGAAAUAAUUUAAUAAAAAUUACCGCUUUAAUAAACCUUAUGGAGGGUGGCGUUCUAGUUAUAGUUCCUUAAAAAAUAAGAAGAAAAUUGCUAGUAAAUUUUUAGAGAAAUGAAUAAUUGUACUUAUCUUUACAAUAAAUUUUAAUCAACGAUUUCGCUGAAGUGUUUAAUUUUUGUAUUUUGUGUAACACUAAAACUUAACCAUUUUAAUUAAACGUGUCCAUUGGCGGUGAAGAGGGCAAAACCAGCGCGAAAGGAUCAAGAGACUGCAUUUGAAACAAAUAAUAUCAUAUCAUAUCAAUCGAAACGUAGUUCAUUGAGCAUUUAGACGUAGAACCUCACCUAAAGUGCUGUUACACCGACUUUUUCCACAUUUAGUUGAUCCGUGCCUGUUUUAUGAUUGUAUAGAAACCCAUAUUUCUAGAAAACCAUCAUUGGCAUUACUUACCUACACUAUAACAUGCCUAUAAAUCCUUUACAGUGACACUUGUAAUUAAAUAGCAAUACAGAGAUUUAAUAGAUUAUGCGUUUAAACAUUUUCAUUAUAAGAUUAGUUAUUUGUUGUGUAUAAAAAGAAUUGUAAGUAGUUACGAUAGCAUUUUGUAUUAUACUUUAUGAUUUUGUUAGAGCUAUAAUAAAAUGGCGUAUAUUUGGAUGUUAAA